GCUUUAUCCUGCGGUUGCUGUGACAUCCGAUCCCUCAAGAUGAAGAGGCACGCGCGCUUGUGUUCCGUCUUCAGCAUCUUUGCAAGCGAUGUGAAAUUAAGAGCCACAAUUUCUCUCUGGUUCUUUCUUCAGGCGUUCUGCUAUCAUUACGCACGGGCGCAAUUGUGCCGAGAACAGGAGUUCCGGAGCACCGAAGGGCGAUGUCUCCCUUGCGUUUGGUGUCCGCCAGGAGAGGAGCCGGACAGGACAUGCGGCUUCGGGGAAGGACUGGGAAUGGUUUGCAGGCCGUGCUCCGCGGACGCCUUCUCUUCCACCCAUGGGCUGGAACUCUGUGCCUUGCGCACCCGGUGUGAGGACAAGAAGAGGGUUCGCGUGAGUCCCGGGACAGCUGCAGCAGAUGAUUUGUGCGGGGACUGCAUACCAGGGUAACGUGGCGUUUUGUUUGGCCGUGUGGUUUUGGGGAAGGCGGACUUGCUCGCUUCAAAACCCCAGAGCCUGGGGCCCGAAAGCAUCUCCGUGGCAAGGUUGAAAACUUGCUCUGGAAUUGUGGCAAAACUUUGCCAGUAUCUUAGUUUGAGUUGUGGAGUCGCUUCAAUUCAGUUUAAUGUCACGAGGGCCUCUGCCCAGCACUGCGGUGGAAAAGCAACAGACGUAACCAGUAAAAACACAGGAGGUAAAAAUCAAAUAGUAUCCACAAAUUGCACCAUAGGGUGAGAUCUGUGAUUGUGUUGAACGUUAUCUGACGUUCUACGGUAAUUUCUCCUCUGUCUUUUUUACUGUGAUGAAUGCAAAAAUCAGGGGAAGGAAGGAA